UCUGUACUCGACAUGGCACGUACCAAGCAAACAGCACGUAAAUCUACUGGUGGAAAAGCGCCACGAAAACAAUUGGCAACAAAGGCUGCUCGCAAGAGCGCACCUGCUACUGGCGGAGUGAAGAAACCACAUCGUUACAGGCCUGGCACCGUCGCUCUUCGUGAGAUCCGCCGUUACCAGAAAAGUACAGAGCUCCUGAUCCGAAAGCUGCCAUUCCAGCGUCUGGUUCGAGAAAUUGCGCAAGAUUUCAAGACCGACCUUCGAUUCCAGAGCUCCGCCGUGAUGGCCCUACAAGAAGCCAGCGAGGCAUACCUAGUAGGUCUUUUCGAAGACACCAACCUGUGUGCCAUUCACGCCAAACGUGUAACCAUCAUGCCCAAAGAUAUCCAACUUGCCCGUCGCAUCCGCGGUGAGCGAGCAUAA